AUGGCUGGUCAUUUCAACCUGAUUAAAUAUGCCAUUGUAUCCUGCACAAUCUUCAUGAGGUUUUUAAGUGAUGAGGCCAGAAACUCCAAACGUAAGUAAUCUCUGUUUUCUUUUUGUUCCUAUUGAUCAUUUUAUUAUGUUUGCAUGAUUCAAUUGAACGCAGAUGUAUUCUGCAUGCACAUACUCUGUAUUCUAUGUGUGUAAACUUUACCACCCAAGGACAUUAAAAAUGAUAUAGUACUGGAUCACCUGGAUGGGGGAAUUAGACUUUUCUCUAAAGACCAACUUCUACAUGGCAGUCUUCCUCCCAAUAGGUAUUUGCUAUUGCGAUGUAUCUCAGAGAUUAUCCGGAGGAAAAUUCAGCUAUUAGUGCAUAUGAAAUGUACAUCUUUUUUCUUUUACAUCUAUUUCGUUGAUAUGGGAAGGGUACCAGAUCUGUGCAAGUAAAAGCCCAGUGAGAGUGACUGUUCAUUCUAAAGCCCAUUACUACAGCUGAGGGGGUAUUUCUGGUUGCAUAUCACAUCAGUCUGGACUGGGUUCAAUAUCUACUUCCCCUCCAAGGAAUGUCAAUGCAAGUCACUUCGGGUAACCGAGAGAGGUUACUAAUUUUCUCCUAAUCAGCCACCUUAGGUGCCAAUCAAAAGGUAUAUUGAACUUUCCUUUGCUGCUUUACAGGAGAUAUUGUAAACUGGCACAGAACAGAAUGUCACUGCUAGUGUCGCUUUCUUCUUUGCCAAAUUACUACAGGGAUUUUGCAUCACAACACUGUCGCUUUAAUAUUUUUAAUAAUAUUGCCUUGCUUUUUGUAUUAAUUUUCUAACAAUUUGUAAAUAAAUCAAAUGCUCUCUAUAGUAUGGUUCCAUAUUAUAUAGCGUGAUUGGUUUGUUACGAGUCCUAUGUUUGCCUCUUCCAGGAACAUCAUUUGACAACGGGGGAAUGCUCAUUUCCUCUUUUCAAGAAAGUCUUCAGAUGGUGGACACAGCAUUAUGUCACACCAGGACAGAGUAAUGAACCUAAUCACAGUGUGUGCAUGGUUCAUGUGAGACUGUUCCUAGAAAUAUUAUUUUUUAUAUAUAUUUUUUUUUAAGAGCGAGGGGUCCACUUUUUCACCUUAUCUGACAAUUCCUCUGAAUCACAGGCGAGGCACACUCCAGUCUCCAAUGCAGCUGUUUACAUUUCUCCGGCAAGCAGAGCCUGAGACCCAAGAGAUUUCCAGAGCUGCAGAGGUCUUUGACACAACUCUGUUUAUUCUAAAGGACAGAGCCAGCCGGAGACAGAAAAGGGCACUUGUUGCAUCAGGUAGAUCCACGGUCAUAUUUCACUUCAACCGUCAUCACACCGUAUAUGAAUAAUGUAGGCUAUGCUAUAUACUUGCAAUAACAGCACAAAGGUCAUGUCUAUUCUGUGGUAUAUUCAGAUAGCCCGCACAGAUCUCAGGAAGUUAACUUUGAGCCAGUUACUGGUAUGACAUAGAAGUGCAAAGAGAUGCAUGCAGGAUCCACACUAACAGUUAAACGUCAAAGAUAAGCCUUUUCGCAUAUACAGUGUCAGCAAUGUUAUUGAAUUGCAAAUGGCUGCCCUGACUAGCCUAAUUAGAUGAUCUGUUUGCAGACCAUUUGCAUUAGUUAACUCAGUGCUGUCACUUCUCAAGAGCUCCUUUCAUUGGAGGACUUGGCGCUGAUUGCAGACCUGUCAGGCUGUCCUCCACCCGUUCACCCAGCCUUCUGUCACAACGAUUGCCUCGCCAACAAGUACCGUUCCAUAUCUGGAGUCUGCAAUAAUAGGUGUCUGGUAUAUUUUCUAUAUAAUUUCAUUCAAUCUGAACAUCCACAAUAAGGUUUGUUUACGCUUACAUUUUACAUUUCUCAAAAUAGAUUAGAAAAUAUAUUUUGUCUUCAUAGAGUCAAAAAAUUACUGUAGGAUUUUAUGUUUUUUAAGUAACUAGAAAUUGAAUAACCCCUCCCCUCCCCUCCCCACACACACACACACACACACACACACACACACACACACACACACACACACACACACACACACACACACACACAAGCUAAACACACACACAGCUUUUUCCUGUUGAUUUCCACCCAAUUCCUCUAAAUACUCCCACCAUGCACUAUAAUUAACUUAUUCUCUGUGAGAUGUUGCAUUCGGCCGGGGCAUACACACCUGUUUUGUAUUAUGGGGUAUUUUGACAGAUUUUUAAACAUAUUUUUCAGGCAAAAGCCUUUCUGGGGCACAGCCAACAGUGCCUUGGCCAGAUGGCUUCCGGCAGAAUAUGAAGACGGAGAAAGACAACCAAAGGGCUGGAACCACGGUCAACUAUACAACGGCUUCCAGCUUCCCCCGGUAAUCUCUAAAGUGUGAGACUGCAGGUGCACCAUGUUUAGUAAAAAAAAAAAAAAAAGCCAUUCGAAAGGAUGCUGUUUAUUUUUUUUCCAGUGUUAUCUGUUAAAUUAAAACAUGUACAGUAUAUCCCUUUUUGCAUUUUAAUAACACAUGGCUGUAGCUGCCUGCAUUCAUUGGGGCAGGUACCAGAGAUAUUAACUAUUUCUGGUUCUAGAAAAUAUAUAUAUUUUUUUAUCUUACUGACAAAGUGUUAAUGUCAUUAUUAUUUUUUUACCAAGAGGAAUUUAUUCUGAUUUGCAUUUAUAUUUGCAUUUCAGAUAUUUUCAGCUGUCUUAUUUCAUGUUAUCACCACACACUGACUGGAUUUUUUAAAAUGGAGAUCAUUAAAUAUACAAUACAUUAUGUAGCUACACAGCCUGCAGUUUGCACAGUGUUUGACCCACUAAAUGGAACCUAUAAUUUAUGUAUCUGUAUUACAACAUGUUUUUACUGUGAUUCUGAAGCUACUGUAAAUCCCAAUUUUUCUCAGAGGUUGUGAAGUUGGUAAAACAGCCUUGUAAUCCUCGAACACUCAUUGAAACUAACUAAAAUGUAAUCUACGUAAUCUCCAAAAGUAACUAUUUAUCAUGAGGGCCAUAAACCAUAACUACUAAUGCUGCAUACUCAAAUAAAUAUAAAAAUCUCACCUUUCUGAUAAAAAAUAGUUGCUGAGGUAUUGUCACUUUUGAGUACACAAGCUCAAGUAAAUACAACUAUGAUAAAAUAUGAAAUAUUUUAUAUGAUGUAUUUCCUACUCAACUCAACAAAACUGCAUGAAUAAGGUUGGACAUUUUACUUAUAUGCUCUCUAAAUAUAGUAUAAUCAAAUUAUAAAAUGACUAACUACACGAUUUCACCUUCCUUAUAACUGUAAAAUAAAUAUUUGUGAAUAUUUUCUAAGGGUCUCUCUAGAUCAAAACAUCUUCCCCACCGCUGUGAACGUCACACAGAGCUCUAGCUUUGCUUCCUGAACUCGUUAGGAACUGGCCUUUUAUCUUAUAUGAAUGUUGUCCGUCUAUGACAAACAGAAAUAGUUUUUUCUUUAAAAUCUACAAAUUAUUUUAGAUUACUGGCUAUAAAUCGAUCUCAGAAUGUUCUAGAACGACAAAACCACUUCCUCCUGCUGCGUUACGAUGUAAUGAUAGAUAUACACGGCGAGGCAUGGCUUAACAUGACCACACCCCUGAGUAGGGUACAGCCGUAGAGUACUCCCGUUACUCCCAUGUAAUAAGCCUAACUUAGCAAACUACUGACACUUUUUUGUUGUUUUAACAAACGUUUUCAUCAGCGUCGUUACUAAAAUACUUGACUGUCACAACAACAAAUGAUUUGCAUGAUACGUAUUCUGCCACUCUAAUGUGUUACCUGACCUGCUAACACUGACAGUAAAGCUAGUAAAGUUGUCUGAUUAUAUUUACGUCACUGUUUGUUUACCCAUAACUUUUUUGCCGGUUAGCUGACGUUAGCUGGCUGGCUAGCGAGAUAAGCUAAUCUUGAUCUAAUUAGCUAGUCUUAGAUAAUAAUAAUAAUAAUAAUAAUAAUAAUAAUAAUAAUAAUAAUAAUAAUAAUAAUAAUAUGCCAUUUAGCAGACGCUUUUAUCCAAAGCGACUUUCAGUCAUGACUAUCACGUGAACGCAGCAUGUGCUUUGUCAGUGACGUAGGGUUCAGCCAGGAGUUGAUGGGAUAGUCGGAAGAGUGAAUUAAAUGGUAGGAGGGACAUCCAAUCUUCAAGUGCUGUGUCUGUGAGAACCAGGGCUAUCGCUCAAUGCAAGCCAUUUCAAUCUACUGUGUCCACAGAUUGAUUUAUAAGUUUUUUUUAAAUGCCAGUUUAAAACCGGUACCACAACCACGCAGGUCCCCUAAACAGGGGACUUUACAUAUAAGAGGUUUAUAAAAGGCCAUCUUUGUUGAGAGACAAGGCCAUGGACUAUGGCAACGCUGUCAGUGUGCUUGUGUUUGUGAACAGUGAAGCUGUCGAUUUAUUCAUUAUCCUGUACGAGGAUGGGUUUAGAACAAUCAAACACAGAAGCUCCAAAAUAUCAACCUUCAUCGUCCAACCAGAGUAUGUGUCAUGUUCCCACUGCAUUACCAGGUACAGGAAGUCAGCAAGAAAAUACUGCAGAGCUCCAGCCGGCCGAUGUUGCUAGAUGAUGUCUAUUGUCAGAUGCUAGUGGACUGGGGCCAGUACAUAGACCAUGACAUAUCCUUCACUCCUCAAAGCACAAGCAGAGCUGCUUUCUUGGGAGGACUGGACUGCCUGGAAACGUGUGAAAACAUAAAUCCCUGCUUCCCUAUUGAGGUAACCACUCAUAAAUCACCCCAAUGAAUACACUUUCACAUCAUAGGGCGGCAGGUAGCUUAGUGGUUAAGAGCGUUGUGCCAGUAACCGAAAGGUCGCUGGUUCUAAUCCCCGAACCGACUAGGUGAAAAAUCUGUCGAUGUGCCCUUGAGCAAGGCACUUAACCCUAAUUGCUCCUGUAAGUCGCUCUGGAUAAGAGCGUCUGCUAAAUGACUAAUUAUUUAUUUAUUUAUUUACAUCAGUUGUCUGUCUGCUUCCCAAAUCCUACCAGUCCCUUUUAGGGAGACAAAAGUGUUGCUUUUGUAUAACACUUAUAUAUAACUGUGUAUAAGUUGUGUUCUUUCUCUCGCAGACACUCCCUCGUGACAAACUGUCUGGGAACAGAAGCUGCGUGCCAUUCUUCCGUUCAUCGCCAGCCUGCUUCUCCGGUAAUGCACAGGCUGCGACGGCGGACAUCAAACAAGUGCUACAGCGUCAACAAAUGAACUCAAUCACGUCUUUCCUGGAUGCAUCCACUGUAUAUGGCCACACCCCGUAUUUACAGAGUGCCCUUCGAGACCUCUCGAGCUCCGAUGGUCGGCUGGCUGUCAACAGCAGAUUCAGUGACUGGAGUGGCAGACCCUACCUGUCUUUUGUCCCCAACACCCCGUCUCCAUGCUUCCAAGAUCCAGGGGAUCCCCAGGGGGAAAGGGUGGAUUGUUUCCUGGCUGGGGACAGCAGGGUGAAUGAGGUUCUGCCCCUGGUGGUUCUACACACGCUGUGGAUGAGGGAACACAAUAGAAUCGCAGAGGCCUUGAAGAGCCUCAACCCACACUGGAGCGCAGAGAUCAUUUACCAAGAGGCCCGCAAGAUCAUUGGAGCGCUUCACCAGGCAAGUCCUACUGUACACGAUGGAAACAUCAUGACAAUAUCGUAUGAAUAGGAUUAAAAUACAUAGUUGUGCUGUACGUUCACUUUGGGGAGCCUUGCUUUGUUAUGGGAGUACUCGGCAGCCCUAGUUCCUACUGCCUGAUAUAUGAUGUUACUUGUUGUAGUGAGAUUAUCAGAGUGUUAUUACCAUUAUCCAGGUAUUUAUCAGAUUAAAAAUUACCAAAAGUUAGCCCUUUUAUAGAUGAGGUCAAAAGUCACUCUUAAUUCAGAGCUCUUAUCUGUGUCAGAACAAUGGGGUUUGAAUUUAAAGUGCACAAAUAACUUCCUAAAAAUGGCCUCUGGUCUUACAUUAGUCAAUGCAAAACAUUAUACUGAACAAAAAUAUAAACGUAUGUUGGUCCCAUGAGCUGAAAUAAAAUAUCCCCGAAUUUUUCUAUACGCACAAAAAGCUUAUUUCUCUCCUUUUUUUGUGCACAAAUUUGUUUACAUCAAUGUUAGUGAACAUUUCUCCUUUGCCAAGAUAACCCAUCCAGCUGACAGGUGGCAUAGGUGCACCUUGUGCUGGGGACAAGAAAAGGUCACUCUAAAAUGUGCAGUUUUGUCCCACACCACAAUGCCACAGAUGCAGGAAUGUCCACCAGAGCUGUUGCCAGAGGAUUUAAUGUUCAUUUCUCUACCAUAAGCCACCUGCAACGUUGUUUUAGAGAAUUUGGCAGUACAUCCAACCGGCAUCACAACCGCAGACCACAUGUAACAAUGCCAGCCCAGGACCUCCACAUCUGGCUUCUUCACCUGCGGGAUCGUCUGAGGCAGGGGGUGGGGGUGGUGCUGAGGACUAUUUCUGUCUGUAAUAAAGCCCUUUUGUGGGGAAAAACUCAUUCUGAUUGGCUGGGCCUGGUUCCCCAGUGGGUGAGCCUGGCUCCCAAGUGGGUGGGCCUAUGCCCUCCCAGGCCCACCAAUGGCUGCGCCCAUGCCCUGUCAUGUGAAAUCCAUUGAUUAGGGCCUAAUUUAUUUAUUUAAAUUGACUGAUUUCCUUAAAUGAACUGUAACUCAGUAAAAUCUUUGAAAUUGUUGCAUGUUGCGUUUAUAUUUUUGUUCAGUAUAGUUCUGUCUCAAUACCCAGACCUACAGAAAUAUUUUGAUUAUAAAACUUUCUAAUUCAGUUCUUAUCUUUUCUGGUUGAAUGUCAAAAGAGGAUAACCUGCUGGCUUAGUCCACCUGGCAUAGAAUACUUAGUCCACCUGGCAUAGAAUAAGGUGAACUGAAUCACCUGCAUGUACUUGUGAUUUCAAAAUGUGAUAGAAAAUGGCCCAAUGGCAAUCCCAGAGUGGAUAUGAGGAUAACACUAUAACCCUCAUGGUGUAUGUUUUACUUCUUAGGAAUCCCUACGACCACAGGGACAGGGCAGUAUGAAGAUCAAGGCCAGGUAGACUACUAAAUACUUUCCGCUAUCCCAGCUGGAUAAAAGCGGCAUUAUAGAGGGUCAAAGAAGAAUCUGUAAGGCUUAAGUGCAGCCCAAGCCUCUUUACAUUGAAAUGACAGAGAACAUAUGAAGUCUUGUUGGAGAGAGGCUAAAUGACAGGGAGAGAACAUAUGAAGUCUUGUCGGAGACAGGCUAAAUGACAGGGAGAGAACAUAUGAAGUCUUGUUGGAGACAGGCUAAAUGACAGGGAGAGAACAUAUGAAGUCUUGUCGGAGAGAGGCUAAAUGACAGGGAGAGAACAUAUGAAGUCUUGUUGGAGAGAGGCUAAAUGACAGGGAGAGAACAUAUGAAGUCUUGUCGGAGACAGGCUAAAUGACAGGGAGAGAACAUAUGAAGUCUUGUUGGAGACAGGCUAAAUGACAGGGAGAGAACAUAUGAAGUCUUGUCGGAGAGAGGCUAAAUGAGUGCACCAACCAGAAUACAGUUGUUUCAACAAUGUCUCUGAAGGGUUGAUUUUCUAUAGAUUAUCAAAUUGUCUGUCUUGUCAAAUGUGGAAAGAGCAAGGCUUUCAUAUACAUAUACAUACUGCAGUGUAUGUGUGUGAAACAGCGUCCUCCGUAAUUAUUGGGACAGCAUUUUUCCUUCUUUUGGCUCUAUACUUCAGAAGUUUGGAUUUGAAAUGAUACAAUGACUAUGAGGUUAAAGUGCAGACUGUCAGCUUUAAUUUGAGAGUAUUUUUCAUCCAUAUCAGGUGAACCGUUUAGAAAUUACAGCACUUUUUGUAAAUAGUCCCCCCCCCCCAUUUUAGGGGUGCAAAAGUAUUGGGACAAAGUAGUACAACGUUUAGUAUUUGGUCCCGUAUUCACAGCACGCAAUGACUCAUCAAGCAUGUGAAUCUACACAUUUGUUGGAUGCAUUUGCUGUUUACUUUGCUUGUGUUUCAGAUUAUUUUGUGACCAAUAGAAAUGUAUGGUAAAUAAUGUAUUUUGUCAUUUUUUUAGUCACUUUUAUUGUAAAUAAAAAUAUCAUAUAUUUCUCAACACUUUUACAUGAAUGUGGAUGCUACCAUUAUUACAGAUAAUGCUGAAUGAAUCGUGAAUAAUGAUGAGCGAGAAAGUUACAGAUAAACAAAUAUCUUACCCCUACAAAAAUGCUAACCUCCCCUGUUAUUGUAAUGGUGAGAGGUUAGCAUGUCUGGGGGCAUGAUAUUUGCGCAUCUGUAAUUUUCUCACUCAUCAUUAUUCAUGAUUCAUUCAGGAUGACCCUAAAUCAUGGUAGAAUUCACAUUAAUGUAGGAGUGUUUAGAAACAUAUUAUAUUCUUAUUUACAAUAAAAGUGACUCCACAAUGACACAAUACAUUAUUUAUAAUUUACUUUAGGCACAAAAUAAUCUGGUGGAGAGCCAAGGCCUUUAUAAAUAGUGAUGAGGCCAGAUGACAUUUUCUGAGGUUAAUCAAGGGGAACAAAUAAACAAUCAUAUCUCCAAGCUCGCAUAGGAUAUCCCAAAAUACCAUCUCAGUAGAAUAUUUUCAGAUGAAUGUAUACACCCUGUCCUAGAUAAUCUUGCAAAUUUUCUGCAAGGAUACAGUCAUGGCCAAAAUUGUUGGCACCCCUGAAAUUUUUCCAGAAAAUGAAGUAUUUCUCACAGAAAAGUAUUGAAAUUACACAUGUUUUGCUAUGCACAUGUUUAUUUCCUUUGUGUGUAUUGGAAUAACACAAAAAAAACAGGAAAAAAGCAAAUUUGACAUAAUUUCACACAAAACUCAAAAAAUGGGCCGGACAAAAUGAUUGGCACCCUUAACUUAAUAUUUAGUUGCACACCCUUUGGAAAAAAUAACUGAAAUCAGUCGCUUCCUAUAACCAUCAAUAAGCUUCUUACACCUCUCACCCGGAAUUUUGGACCACUCUUCUUUUGCAAACUGCUCCAGGUCUCUCAUAUUGGAUGGGUGCCUUUUCCCAACAGCAAUUUUAAGAUCUCUCCACAGGUGUUCAAUGGGAUUAAGAUCUGGACUCAUUGCUGGCCACUUCAGAACUCUCCAGCGCUUUGUUGCCAUCCAUUUCUGGGUGCUUUUUGAAGUAUGUUUGGGGUCAUUGUCCUGCUGGAAGACCCAUGAUCUCGGACGCAAACCCAGCUUUCUGACACUGGGCCCUACAUUGCGACCCAAAAUCCUUUGGUAAUCCUCAGAUUUCAUGAUGCCUUGCACACAGUCAAGGCACCCAGUGCCAGAGGCAGCAAAACAACCCCAAAACAUCUUUGAACCUCCACCAUAUUUGACUGUAGGUACUGUGUUCUUUUCUUUGAAGGCUUCAUUACAUUUUCGGUAAACAGUAGAACGAUGUGCUUUACCAAAAAGCUCUAUCUUGGUCUCAUCUGUCCAUAAGACGUUCUCCCAGAAGGAAUUUGGCUUACUCAUGUACAUUUUGGCAAACUGUAGUCUUGCUUUUUUAUGUCUCUGUGUCAGCAGUGGGGUCCUCCUGGGUCUCCUGCCAUAGCGUUUCAUUUCAUUCAAAUUUCGACGUAUAGUUCGCGCUGACACUGAUGCACCCUGAGCCUGCAGGACAGCUUGAAUUUCUUUGGAACUUGUUUGGGGCUGCUUAUCCACCAUCCGGACUAUCCUGCGUUGCAACCUUUCAUAAAUUUUUCUCUUCCGUCCACGUCCAGGGAGAUUAGCUACAGUGCCAUGGGUUGCAAACUUCUUGAUCAUGUUGCGCACUGUGGACAAAGGAACAUCUAGAUCUCUGGAGAUGGACUUGUAACCUUGAGAUUGUUGAUAUUUUUCCACAAUUUUGGUUCUCAAGUCCUCAGACAGUUCUCUUUUCCUCUUUCUGUUCUCCAUGCUUAGUGUGGCACACACAGAAACACAAUGCAAAGACUGAGUCAACUUCUCUCCUUUUUAUCUGCUUUCAGGUGUGAUUUUUAGAUUGCCCACACCUGUUACUUGCCCCAGGUGAGUUUAAAGGAGCAUCACAUGCUUGGAACAAACUUAUUUAUCCACAAUUUUGAAAGGGUGCCAAUAACUUUGUCCGGCCCAUUUUUUUAGUUUUGUGUGAAAUUAUGUCAAAUUUGCUUUUUUCCUGUUUUUUUUUGUGUUAUUCCAAUACACACAAAGGAAAUAAACAUGUGCAUAGCAAAACAUGUGUAAUUUCAAUACUUUUCUGUGAGAAAUACUUCAUUUUCUGGAAAAAUUUCAGGGGUGCCAACAAUUUUGGCCAUGACUGUAUCUGGCAGCAGUGCACUAGUUAUUUCUUAUCAACUGAUCCUUUGAACCCUGAAGAUAACCUGUUCUGUUCCACCUUGGACUACAGGAAGAAAAAAAAUAUAUAUAUACAGUGGGGAGAACAAGUAUUUGAUACACUGCCGAUUUUGCAGGUUUUCCUACUUACAAAGCAUGUAGAGGUCUGUAAUUUUUUAUCCUAGGUACACUUCAACUGUGAGAGACGGAAUCUAAAACAAAAAUCCAGAAAAUCACAUUGUAUGAUUUUUAAAUAAUUAAUUUGCAUUUUAUUGCAUGACAUAAGUAUUUGAUACAUCAGAAAAGCAGAACUUAAUAUUUGGUACAGAAACGUUUGUUUACAGAGAUCAUACGUUUCCUGUAGGUCUUGACCAGGUUUGCACACACUGCAGCAGGGAUUUUGGCCCACUCCUCCAUACAGACCUUCUCCAGAUCCUUCAGGUUUCGGGCUGUUGCUGGGCAAUACGGACUUUCAGCUCCCUCCAAAGAUUUUCUAUUGGGUUCAGGUCUGGAGACUGGCUAGGCCACUCCAGAACCUUGAGAUGCUUCUUACGGAGCCACUCCUUAGUUGCCCUGGCUGUGUGUUUCGGGUCGUUGUCAUGCUGGAAGACCCAGCCACGACCCACCUUCAAUGCUCUUACUAAGGGAAGGAGGUUGUUGGCCAAGAUCUUGCGAUACAUGGCCCCAUCCAUCCUCCCCUCAAUACGGUGCAGUCGUCCUGUCCCCUUUGCAGAAAAGCAUCCCCAAAGAAUGAUGUUUCCACCUCCAUUCUUCACGGUUGGGAUGGUGUUCUUGGGGUUGUACUCAUCCUUCUUCUUCCUCCAAACACGGCAAGUGGAGUUUAGACCAAAAAGCUCUAUUUUUGUCUCAUCAGACCACAUGACCUUCUCCCAUUCCUCCUCUGGAUCAUCCAGAUGGUCAUUGGCAAACUUCAGACGGGCCUGGACAUGCGCUGGCUUGAGCAGGGGGACCUUGCGUGCGCUGCAGGAUUUUAAUCCAUGACGGCGUAGUGUGUUACUAAUGGUUUUCUUUGAGACUGUGGUCCCAGCUCUCUUCAGGUCAUUGACCUGGUCCUGCCGUGUAGUUCUGGGCUGAUCCCAUCACCUUCCUCAUGAUCAUUGAUGCCCCACGAGGUGAGAUCUUGCAUGGAGCCCCAGACCGAGGGUGAUUGACCGUCAUCUUGAACUUCUUCCAUUUUCUAAUAAUUGCGCCAACAGUUGUUGCCUUCUCACCAAGCUGCUUGCUUAUUGUCCUGUAGCCCAUCCCAGCCUUGUGCAGGUCUACAAUUUUAUCCCUGAUGUCCUUACACAGCUCUCUGGUCUUGGCCAUUGUGGAGAGGUUGGAGUCUGUUUGAUUGAGUGUGUGGAGAGGUGUAUUUUAUACAGGUAACGAGUUCAAACAGGUGCAGUUAAUACAGGUAAUGAGUGGAGAACAGGAGGGCUUCUUAAAGAAAACUUAACAGGUCUGUGAGAGCCGGAAUUCUUAUUGGUUGGUAGGUGAUCAAAUACUUAUGUCAUGCAAUAAAAUGCAAAUGAAUUACUUAAAAAUCAUACAAUGUGAUUUUCUGGAUUUUUGUUUUAGAUUCCGUCUCUCACAGUUGAAGUGUACCGAUGAUAAAAAUGACAGACCUCUACAUGCUUUGUAAGUAGGAAAACCUGCAAAAUCGGCAGUGUAUCAAAUACUUGUUCUCCCCACUGUAUAUAUAUACAGUGAGGGAAUAAAGUAUUUGAUCCCCUGCUGAUUUUGUACGUUUGCCCACUGACAAAGUAAUGAUCAGUCUAUAAUUUUAAUGGUAAGUUUAUUAUUAUUUGCGUACAAAAUCAGCAGGGGAUGAAAUACUUUUUCCCCUCACUGUAUGUAUGUAUAUAUAUAUAUAUAUAUAUAUUUAGGAAUAUAUAUAUUUAGGAAUAUAUUUAGGAAUGGACAUAGAAACUUCUAGAUUGCAAAAUGUCUUAUUUUUCUAAACUUAACUAAAGGUCUCCUUUUGCUUUUUUUUCCUGUAUUUGCCCCCAGAUUAUAACCACCAGGGAUUAUGUUCCCAAAAUCAUUGGAAGAGAGGCUUUUGAUCUUUACAUUGGUCCCUAUGGGGGCUAUGAUCCGACUACAGAGCCCUCAGCCUCCAAUGUGUUCUCCACCGCUGCAUUCCGAUUCGGCCAUGCCACUAUUCCCUCUGUUCUCAAGCGACUCAACCAGAGCUUCCAGGAACAUGAACAGUUCCCCUCUUUGAGUCUGCAUAAGACUUUCUUCAGUCCCUGGAGACUCGUGAAAGAGGGUUGGUAUUCUCAUAUGCUGCAUACUAUUGGAACUAAUAGGGUGGAGUGUUGCAUACUAAACACUUUAAGGGCCAAUCCUUAGUUGACGAAGGGCAUCCCCACCCCUGUUUUGGUAAAAAGAAAAAGCUGAGGGAUGGGCCUGGAGAAAUGUAACCACUCAAAUGUAUAGAUGGAGCUAUGGAUGCAAGGACUGACCAUCCAAGAUAUCAACAUUAUAGUUUGAACCAUGUGUUGAGGCGAUACAGUGUUUUUUUCCAAUCUUUACAAACACUGUAAAUAAAAUAUUUUCUGGGGUUCUGAUGGUGUACAACAGUUGAACUAAGCUCAUUAGGCAUUUAUAAGUUAUAUUCUUAAAGAAUCAAUGGGUAUAUAUAAUUAAUUUAUAAGUCCAUCAAUACUUUGUAGAAACUCUCAGGUCAACUAAUUAUUUUGUGGACAAAAUUCCCAUGAUUUUUAAAGAAAGUGAAAACCCUACCUUAAGUUGUACUUUUACAUUAAUCUUAAAUUCAUGGGCAUAAGGUGGCAUUGGAUAUAAAGAAUAUGCAUAUGAUUACAUACUGUAUAUCUACAUCUGACUGUUUAAUCACAGGGGACUCAUUAAAGGCUUUACAACAUGAUGUUUAUUCACACGGGACUCAUUAAAGGCUACACAACACGAUGUUUAAUCACAGGGGACUCAUUAGGCUAUAUCAAAUUAUGUUUAAUCACAGGCGAGUCACUAAAGGCUAUACAACAUUAUGUUUUUAUCACAGGUGACUCAUUAAAGGCUAUACAGCAUUAUGUUUAAUCACAGCGGACUCAUUUCAGGCUAUACUGCAUGAUGUUUUCGUGCAGGACAUAUUCCCACUUAUCAUGAAUUGUCUAAAUAGACACAGACAGGCGAACUCUACUAAGUAAUGUAGCCUCUGAAGUCUAUAACCGUACUACAGUUAACAUGGGGCUCCCUUAUAAAGUUAAAGUAUUGUUAGUACUGUUCAUAGGAUAUUGUUAAACUUGAUAGAGACUUGGCACUGUUAUUUGGCAUUUUAAAAUAGGAAUAAUCCUGUGAGCUGCUCCAGAAUACAUUACCGAACAUCCAAGGUGAUGCCUAACUAGAGCGGACAGUGGUUACUGGCAGACCGAAUUGAUUUCGUCCCACAGCUAUGCAUUUUAUUGCAAUGAAAGGGACUUUUCAUAUUUACACAACUAGCCCUGCUGUUAUUGCGGAGAAUAAUGUGUUUGCAAGUGGAAAUUGUAUUGUGAAAUGUUGUCAUCUUUUUUACCUCCACGAAAGGUGGACUAGAGCCAGUCCUCCGAGGCCUGUUGGGGACGCCGGCAGCUGUAGUGACCCCAGACAACCUACUGACGGAGGAGCUCACAGAGAGACUGGUGGUGCUUACUGUCCCAGGGGGCUUGGACCUGGCCGCACUCAACCUGCAGAGGGGACGUGAUCAUGGACUUCCAGGUCAGUGUUACCCAUUAACAGGAGUCAAUCAUUAGGACAAUUUAAACAAAUCGAAUUGAAAUCCAACCAAAUUUUUAAAAAAAAGUAUUAAUGGCGCUGCAGUAGUCCACUGUGAAGAUCUGUUUUUAAUAAUCUAGUAAACAGGCAUAAUGCAAUUGUAUUAUAAUUAUGUUCCAGGUUACAAUGAUUGGAGGACGUUCUGUGGACUUGACAGAAUAGAGACUCAAGACGAUUUCAGAGAAGUUGUAAAGGAUGCAAGUGUUGUUGGAAAGAUAAUGGACCUGUACAGACAUCCUGACAACAUUGACGUGUGGUUAGGAGGGCUGGUGGAGGAACCUCUGUCUGGCGCCAGGACUGGUCCACUCUUUUCAUGCCUCAUUGGAAAACAGAUGAAGAUGAUUCGAGACGGGGACAGGUGAGCUUUUUUGAAACACAUUAACAGAUACUAAAUGGAAAACAUAACCGGUAUUAGAUACACUGUUGAAGCAUUGUUGUAGUAUUUGCUGCUUGGACCCCUAAGUAUGCACUAUACUGAAGCCUUCCUCUGACUGUAUUGGACUGAAUAUUAUUACUAUCAAUGAAUUACUGUAUGUUUUUUUUUUCAGGUUCUGGUGGGAGAGUGAGGGUGUGUUUACACAGGGUCAGAGGGCGGAACUUCUAAGGCACUCUCUAUCUCGCGUCAUCUGUGACAACAGUGAAGUGAAAGAGACUCCUCUUGACCCCUUCAGGUUUGGGAAAUACCCAGAUGGUUUUCUC